AUGGGAAAGCCGUCAGCAGCUGGAGCAGAAGCAGCAGCAGCAGCUGCUGCUGCUGCUGUUGCUCUUCCCAGGGCGGGAUGGUCGGCCUUCUCUCCCUGCGGCAGCUUAUUUGCUUCAGCAGCAAAUCCCGUGCUGCUGCUGCAGCAGCAGCAGCCGAAGCAGCUGCACGGGGGCCGCGGCGGGCUGCCUCGCAGCACAGUGCGUGUGUGGCGCUGCUGCUCCACAGCAGCAGCAGCAGCAGCACGCAGCAGCAGCAGCAGCGACGAGGCAGCAGAAGCAGCAGCAGACGAGGCCCUGGAGUUCCAGAGGCAGUUCUUGGGCCAGUCCAUAUCCCAGCUAGUCUUCGUAGAAACCAGCAGCAGCAGCAGCAGCAGCAGCAGCAGCAGCAGCAGCAGCAGGCUGCUGCUGGUGGUGGGCACUGAGGCGGGCAUGGUUGCUGCUAUGGACUGCAGCAACGGGGGAGCCCUUCUCUUUUCUGUGCAGCUGAAUGCAGCAGCAGCAGCAGCAGCAGCAGAGGAGGAGGACGCAGCAGCAGCAACAGCAGCUGCUGCUGCUGCGGGCACCGGCGGCUCUGCGGCUGUGCGCGCCCUGCUGCCGCUCCCCAGCAGCAGCAGCAGCAGCAGCAGCAGCAGCAGCAGCGAGCUGCUGGUGCUGCUGCGGAGAAGCCCCACAGUCUCCUCACUUAUUGUAAUUGAUUUGCUGCAGCAGGGGCAGGUGCUGCGAGCAGCAGAUGUGGGGCGGGGCUUCAGCCACGCGAAGCUGCUGCAGCAGCAGGAGAGGCCGGGUGCAGCAGCAGCAGCAGCAGCGCGGCAGCUGGUGCUGCUCUGCAGCGGCAGCAGCAGCAGCAGCGGCAGCAGCAGCAACCUCGUGCUGUUCGACCUGCAGCAGCAGCAGCUGGUCGCGAAGCUGCAGGGGGGUGCUGCUGGCUUCAGUGCUGUUGCUGCUGAUGCUGCUGCUGGAGUUGUUGCUGCUGUCUGCAGCAAAGGGGCCCACGGCGAGCAGCAGCAGCAAAUUGCCCUCUGGCGGCUGCCGCAGCAGCUCAUUUCCAGCAGCAGCAGCAGCAGCAGCAGCAGCAAGAAGGUUAAGGUGCCUUUGUGGGGAGUUUUGGCCUAUCACCAGCGGCUGCUGCAGCUGACGUUCCUUGGCAGCAGCAGCAGCAGCAGCAGCAGCAGCGCAGAAGAUGAUGAUGAAGAGCAGCAGCAGCAGCAGCAGCAGCAGCAGCCGCUGCUGGUUUGUCUCACGGAGCAGCAGCAGCUGGUCGCCUGGAGUAUAGACCCCACAGCUGCUGCAGUGCCCUCGCUGCCGCAGCAGCAAAUAGCAACGCGAGCAGCAGCAGCAGCAGCAAAGGGAGCGGAGGAGGCAGACACUGGAGUCUUCUUCAUACAGCAGCAGCAGCAGCAGCAGCAGCAGCAGCAGCAAGGGCUGCUGGUGGCGCGUGGGGGGCUGCUGGACCCUGUGUGCCACAUAGCAGUGCCGUUUGCAGGAGCAGCAGCAGCAGCAGCAGCAGCAGCAGAAGAGCUGCUGCUGCUGCCGAUGCCCACGGGCAGCAGCAGCAGCAGCAGGCGGGGGCUGCAGCGCGUCUCCCCGCUGACAGCAGAAGAGCAGCAGCAGCGGCGCCGCCGCAGCAGCACCAGCAGCGGGAAGAAGCGGACGCACGAAGCAGCAGCAGCAGCAGCAGCAGCAGCAGCAGCAGCAGCAGCAGCAGGAGCCAUAAUGCCGACGGACGUUGCUGUUGCGUCGCUGAAGAGAGCAGCAGCAAGCAGCAGCAGCAGCGGAGACGGCGAGGCGACGAAGAAGCAGCGGCAGGAGGCAGCAGCAGCAGCAGCAGCAGCAACGGCCCGCAGCAGCAGCAGCAGCAGCAGCAGCAGCAGCAGCAGCGGGGUGGCUUCCGUGCUGCGGCAGGCGCUGCUGACGGGCGAUUUGCUGCUGCUGGAAACAGUGCUUUCGAAGAGCCAUUUGAAGAAGCGGGAAAUAGCAGCAGCAGCAGCAGCACUGUCUGCUGCUGAGGCUCUGUCGCUGCUGCAGCUGCUGGUGCAGCAGCAGCAGCAAAAGCCCAGCAGCAGCAUCUGCAAGGGGCCCUGGGUCGAGGAACUUGUGAAGCAGCACGCGCCCUUCUUUGCUGCUGCUGCUGAGGGCCGGCAGCAGCUCGUGCUGCUGCAGCAGCUGCUGCAGCAGCGCAGGCAGCUCGAGGGGGCCCUUGUCACUAUCAAGGCCCGCCUCGAGCUGCUGCUGCUGCACAUGCAGCAGCGGCAGCAGCAGCUGCAGCAGCAAGAACAGCUCCAAAAGGAAGCUAUGCAGCCUCUCCUGGAGCACGCUGAGGCCCAGUAG